AUGAAUGGAAAAAGUAACACCAAUUGGAUUCCUAAGGAUGAUGAUGAUGAUGUAACAUAUUCAAAUUGUUCUUCUUUUUCUUCAUCUUCAUCAAGUUUAAACGGUCCUUUAUAUGAAUUAUCAGAGCUAAUGAACAAUCUUCCUAUAAAGAGAGGAUUAUCUAUUUUUUAUCAAGGGAAAGCACAAUCUUUUGGUUCAUUAGCAAGGGUGGAAAGCAUAGAAGAUCUUGCGAAGAAAGCGAAACCAAAUUACAAAAAUAAAAUGAAAUCAUGCAAAGACUUUGGUUUGUGCAAUCCAAAGGCAACAAUAGCAAAGAAAUCUUCAAAAAGAUCUUGCUUAUCAGUAAUAAGUUCUAGAAGAAGCAGUUUCCUUGGAGAAUCAUGA